AGAACACCUCUGCCAUGUUUGCUAUUAAUGCAGUAGCAGAUUUUCUCAUUGGUCAUGCAAACUGACUCAUUGAGGGGAUGCUAAAAUGUUUGCAGUAGGACACUUCUAAGGAGAGAGCCUGCAUACAGACACUGAUAGGACAGUUAUGAUUAGAAAUUAAAUGUUCGUCUGUAAAGAGAAACCGGAUCAAUGAAUGAAUUGAUCAGCCUGUCCUUUUGGGUAACUGGACUUCAUGGGGCAUGGUUUGACCCUAGAGUUUUCUGUUUCAUAAGUAUGUUCAGAAAAGUUAUGCCUUGGGGACUGAGUCAUUUCCAGUUGUUGGUUCUUUUUUUCUGCACGUGCCCUAGUGCUGGCUUUUCUUGAUGAUUCAGCCCACCUCCCAUGCCUUCUGCCAACUUAUUGGUAAAAUAUUCUGUCUGGUUGUUCAGAUUUAACGAUCUUUUGUCGGGGGCUGUUCUAAUACAUUUUGCCAUGCAAACACCAGGACUGUUUUGUCAUUGGUGAGGAGUGAAAAAAUCAAUAGAGGAAGAGCAGAGAUCUUUUUUGGCCAGCAGAUUGAAACAUCCAGUGGGUAAGCUGAAGGCAUGAGGCAAAGGAUCUGAAACAACCAGGAGGAAGAACGUCAUUGCAGAAGGCAUGGCUCCACUCCCUGUUGCAGUAGCAGGAAGAAUGCACAUGAAGCAAAUUGCAUGUGCCAAGACUCACCUGCUGACGCAUUAAUGUCGAUACAGUGCCAAUAUCACUGUUCAAUAGUAUGAGGACACCACAGCUGAUCACUUAAAAACAGUUUAGUUGUGUUCUUUCUGGAAAGACUUAUCUGCCCUCUUUGAAUAUUUAAUGCUCUACUUAAGAGGAAUCUCAAAGCCCCCAGUAGGGGCUGAUUUUCCUAGUGUAUGUUUGUUUAAAAUGGCUUGCACCAUACUCUAAUGGGAGCAAGAGGCUUAUAUAGCAUCUUCUCCUGUGCUAGCGUAUGGCAGAGCUGAGGCUCCUUGAAAAUGCCCUGUCCUGUGAGUUUGAACCUGGUUUCCACAUGCAGCAUAAAUACGGUGCUGGGGGGGUUCCUUCUGAUCAAUGUAUAUCUCACUUCUUUAGGACAGCAGCUAUGUGAGGUCUUGGAGCUGAUGAGAGAAUGAAACUUCAAAAGAAAGAUCAUCUACAUUGGCAUCCUAGUUGCAGGUUAAGGUCAGAAGAUGUCCACCUCUGGCUUUCAUCACCGUCUAAUGGAGUUUUUGUCAUUGCUGCCACCUGUGAACUUGGAGGAGCAAUUGUGCAGCGUUCCCUCCACUGAAGAUACUCAGACUUAAAGGAUGACAACACACCCUGGCAGGGCACAGAGGGAUAGAGAUAACCAAAAGCUAUGCUUAGCAGUCAGGAUCAGUGCACCUUGACUCCCUGGAGUUGUAGCACUGUACCAACAGUCAGCUAAAUCCUUCAAACAUCACAGGUGUGCAUAACUCAAGGAAUGUGAGACAGUCUGAGUCAUGGACACUCCUCCUCCCUCCACCUGAGCUGGAAUAAAAUCAGCCCUCGCCUGAGAAGGGGAUCCCACUACAGAUUUCUUACCUGCUCUUCUGGUUAUACCUCCCCUCCCCACACACACGUCUGGUGGGAAAAAAAAAGACACGGGUUGAAGAAACGACAGCAAGGGAAAGUGGAGAAAAAGGGAGCAGUUGAUAUUUGACCAGAGGGAGCAGAAAUUCCUGCAAAGAAGAAUUUCUUGGCUUGGCGUGUGGAUGCCUCUUGUUUGGAUUGUUGCAGAGGAUUUCGGCUUUGAAGCAGACCCAGCGCUAAUGAGGAGGAAGAGGAUGGAUGUGUCACUCCACAGGAUAUGGGCCAGGCUGCUCCUGCUGUCCCUGCUCUGUGCCACGGGCCUGUGCCAAAAGAACAAAAUUAAUAGCUGUGUGGCCUCCAGGGCAAAGAGCUGCACAGAAUGUAUCCGAGUGGACAAGGACUGCUCCUACUGCACGGAUGAGAACUUCAAAGACAGCCGAUGUGACUUGACAGAGAACCUGGUGCUGUACGGCUGCAGUAAGGCCGGUAUCGUGUACAUGAAAGGCGAGAUGAGUGUCCAGCAGAACAUCAGCAUCAACACCUUUCUGAAGAAAACCCAAGUGUCUCCGCAGCAGAUGUACAUGCGGCUGAGAGCCGGGGAGGAGGCCAGCUUUGACAUGGAUGUCUUCCAGCCCCUCGAGAGCCCUGUGGAUCUCUACAUCCUCAUGGACUUCUCCUACUCCAUGUCUGACGACUUGGAUAACCUCAAGAAAAUGGGCCAGCAGCUAGCGGAGGUCUUGCGAAAACUGACCUCGAAUUAUACCAUCGGGUUUGGCAAGUUCGUGGACAAAGUCUCAGUUCCACAAACAGACAUGAGACCUGAGAAGCUACAAGAGCCCUGGAAUGAUGCUGAUCCUCCCUUCUCCUUCAAGAACGUCAUCCGCCUGACCAGCAACAUUGACCACUUCAGCCAGGAGCUGCUGAAGGAGCGUAUCUCCGGCAACCUGGAUGCCCCAGAGGGUGGCUUUGAUGCCAUCCUCCAGACGGCUGUUUGCAAGGAGAGCAUUGGCUGGAGGAAGGACAGCACUCACCUGCUGGUCUUCUCCACUGAGUCCGCCUUCCACUACGAAGCCGACGGCACCAACGUGUUGUCUGGGAUCCUGCGGCGUAACGACGAGCAGUGCCACCUGAGCCAGGACGGCACCUACACCUAUGACACCAAGCAGGACUAUCCCUCCGUGCCCACCCUCGUGCGCCUGCUGGGCCAGCACAACAUCAUACCCAUCUUUGCUGUCACCAACCACUCCUACAGCUACUAUGAGAAACUGCACCGGUAUUUCCCCCUCUCGGAAAUUGGAGUGCUGCAGGAAGACUCCUCCAAUAUUGUAGAGCUGAUUCGCACAGCUUUUGAGCGUAUCCGUUCCAAGAUGGAAAUCCGCAUGGACUCUGUCCCCAGAUCCAUCAAGUUCAACAUUACUUCCUUGAAGUAUGAAAAGACUGAGUCGGGCUCCUUCUUUGUCUCCCGCGGGGAAGUGGGCAAAUUCAAUCUGCGUUUGAAAGCCCUGGAGAAGGUGGGUGGGGAGCAUGUCUGCAACCUCCAGGAGAAAGACCGGCAGGGAACAAUCCAUGUGAAACCCUCCUCACUGAGCGACAGCCUGAAAAUUGAUGCCUCUGUCAUCUGUGAUGUCUGCCCCUGUGAGCUGCAAAAGGAAAGUAGAUCGUCCAAAUGUGGAUUCAACGGGGACUUCGUCUGCGGACGGUGUGUCUGCUACUCAAACUGGCGAGGGGACUCAUGUGACUGCUCCUCUGACUUUUCUGAGGACAACCAGGCCUGUAUCCGCCCUGGGGACGAGAAGCCUUGCUCGGGGCGGGGUGAAUGCCUCUGUGGGAAAUGCCAGUGCUACUCGGAGGACCUGACCCUGCGCUAUGAGGGCGACUACUGUGAAUUUGACAACUUCCAGUGUCCACGUACAUCUGGCUUCCUCUGUAAUGAUCGGGGUCGCUGCUACAUGGGCCAGUGUGCAUGUACAAGUGGCUGGGGAGGCCCUGGCUGUGAAUGUCCCACAAGCAACGAGACCUGCAUUGACAACAAUGGGGGAAUCUGCAAUGGCCAUGGGAAGUGUGAAUGUGGCAGGUGCAUUUGUGACAGCUCUUCUCCCUACAUGGACCCCACCUGCGGAAUAAAUUACUCCAUGCUUAUGCUGGGGGUGUGUGAAGAUACUCGAACCUGUGUCCAGUGCCAGGCCUGGGGGACUGGUAAGAAGAAGGGGAAGGAAUGCACUGAAUGCCCUUCCAAGAUCCAGAUGGUGGAUGAACUGAAAGAUGAGGAGGUGAAUGAGUACUGUUCAUUCCAGGAUGAGGAGGACGAUUGCACAUACCGUUACACCCUGAAAGGAGAUCCCAGCAUGCCACACAACAACACCAUCCUUGUGCAGAAGAAGAAAGAGUGCCCACCAGGAAGCUUCCUAUGGCUCAUCCCCCUGCUCAUCUUCCUGAUCCUGCUUCUGGGGCUGCUGCUGCUGCUCUGCUGGAAGUUCUGUGCUUGCUGCAAGGCUUGCCUGGCCCUGCUGCCCUGCUGUGCACGAGGCCGCACUGUCGGGUUCAAGGAGGACCACUACAUGCUCCGGCAGAGCCUCAUGGCCUCCGACCACCUGGACACCCCCAUGCUGCGCAGUGGCUCUCUGAAGGGCAGAGACACCGUGCGCUGGAAGAUCAACAACAAUGUCCACAAGCCAGGCUUCUCCUCCCAUGCAGCCACAAACACCAAAGAGCUGAUCCCAUACGGCAUCUCUCUGAGACUGGCUCGGCUUUUCACCCAGAACCUCACGAAACCAGACACCCAUGAAUGCGAGCAGCUGCGCAAGGAGGUGGAAGAGAAUCUGAAUGAUGCUUACAAGCACAUUCUUGGUGCUCACAGACUCCAACAGACUAAGUUCAGGGUGCAGCCCAAUGCAGGAAAAAGGCAGGACCACACCAUUUUGGACACAGUGCUCAGUGCCCCCCAUGGAGCCAAACCUGAGAUCAUAAAGGUGACAGAAAAACACAUCGGGCAGGAGGCCUUCAAUGAUCUGAAGGUGUCACCUGGUUACUACACCGUGAUCUCUGACCAGGAUGCCCAUGGCAUGGUGGAGUUCCAGGAAGGCGUGGAGCUGGUGGAUGUCCGCGUCCCACUCUUUAUCAGGGAAGAAGAUGAUGAUGAGAAGCAGCUGCAGGUGGAGGCCAUUGAUGUCCCCACAGGGAUAGCGAAGAUUGGACGCAAACUUGUCAACAUCACCAUCAUCAAAGAACAAGCCAGCAGCCUCAUCAGCUUCAUGCAGCCAGCCUACUCUCACAGCCGCUUUGACCAGGUGGCUAGGAUCCCUAUUGUUCGUGAGAUGAUAGACCAUGGGAAAUCCCAGAUCUCCUACAGGACUCGGGAUCUUACUGCCAAGGAAGGCAGGGACUACAUCUUCACAGAGGGUGACUUGCUCUUCCAACCUGGGGAGACACGGAAGGAGGUGCAGGUGCCACUGCUGGAAUUGACUGAGAUAGACACCCUUCUGCACACCCGCCAGCUCAAGCAGUUCACCGUGGAUCUCCUCAACCCCAAGUAUGGGGCCAAGAUCGGCAGAUACCCACAAACUAUGGUGACCAUUGCUGACCCAGAGGUCGUGGAUGGCACACCACUUCCACUGGGUCUGGGCCAAGUCCCUCAGUCUCCCAAGGGCAAAAUCAGUGCUCCACUCAAUCCAAAUGCCCAGGCCCUCAACUCCAGAAAGAUCCGGUUCAACUGGCUGCCACCCCCUGGCAAACCUCUGGGGUACAAGGUGAAGUACUGGAUCCAAGGGGACCCUGAGUCGGAAGCCCGGCUGAUCGAUUCCAAGGUCCCAUCAACAGAGCUGAGUAACCUGUACCCUUUCUGCGACUAUGAGAUGCAGGUCUCUGCCUACAACAGCAUGGGCCAGGGCCCCUACUCCAAUAUUGUCCAUUGCCGCACGCUGGAAGAAGUGCCCAGUGAGCCUGGACGCCUGGCUUUCAACGUCGUCUCUUCUACGGUGACGCAGCUGAGCUGGGCUGAGCCUGCAGAGACUGGUGGGGAGAUCACGGCUUAUGAAGUCAGCUAUGGACUCGUCAACGAGGACAACGUACCCAUCGGGCCAAUGAAGAAAGUGCUGGUUGAGGACCCAAAGAAGCGCAUGGUUCUGAUCGAAAACCUUCGGGAGUCCCAUCCAUACCGCUACAUGGUGAAGGCCAAGAACAGGGCUGGCUGGGGGCCUGAGAGAGAGGCUACAAUCAACCUUGCCACACAGCCUAAGCGCCCGUUGUCCAUUCCCAUCAUCCCUGAUGUGCCAAUCAUCGAUGCUGAGGGAGGUGAGGACUACGACAGCUACCUGAUGUACAGCACCGACAUGCUGCGCUCCCCAGCAGGCAGCAAGCGUCCCAGUGUCUCUGAUGACUCUGAGCACCUGGUGAAUGGCCGGAUGGAUUUCAACUUCCCUGGCAGUGGGGGCACCCUGACCCGGAUGGUCACUGGCAACUACAGCCAGCUGAGCUCGCACAUGCAGCAGGAAAGGAGGGUGAUGGGGAGCUCGACACUGACCAGAGACUACAACACGCUGGUGUCAGGACAUGACCAUCCAGGGAGGAAUCUCCCUCCCAUACGUGAAGAUGCUGGGAGGAUGGUCUUGCUGCCGCGGGAUGUAGGUUUCAGGAGCAGGGCAAAGGUGAAGGGUUACUACCCCAGCACUGGCUUUCGGGACUCUAUAAUCAUGACUGAUGGGUCCACUGGGAUUUGCAAGUAUAUAGAUUCCAGGGUGACCCCAGGCAUCCCCGACACACCCACCCGCCUGGUGUUCUCGGCGCUGGGACCCACCUCUCUGAAAGUCAGCUGGCAGGAGCCGCAGUGCGAGAAGGAGGUGCAGGGAUACAGCGUGCAGUACCAACUCCUCAAUGGAGGAGAAGUAUACAGACUCACCAUCCCCCACCCCAGCCAAAACUCAGUGGUGGUGGAGGACCUGCUGCCCAACCAAUCCUACAUCUUCAAGGUGAGGGCCCAGAGUGAGGAGGGCUGGGGCCCAGACAGAGAAGGCGUCAUCACUAUUGAGUCCCAAGUGGAUCCACAGAGCCCGCUGAGCCCGGUGCCAGGUUCACCAUUCACACUGAGCACACCCAGUGCUCCAGGCCCCCUGGUGUUUACUGCCCUGAGCCCAGACUCCCUCCAGCUCAGCUGGGAGCGACCCCGCAAACCCAACGGGGCAAUUCUGGGCUACAUGGUCACCUGCGAGAUGCUGCAUGGGGGAGGAGAACCCAGGAACAUUUAUGUGGAGGGGGACAACCCAGAAACCACCCUGACAGUGCCCUACCUGACUGAGAAUGUCCCAUACAAGUUCAAAGUGCAAGCUAAGACCACGCAAGGCUUUGGACCAGAGAGAGAGGGUAUCAUCACCAUUGAGUCUCAAGAUGGAGGAGCCUUCUCACAGUUUGGAGGGCAACAGUACAUGAGAGAAGAAGUGUACAACUUCCCCACUGAAUACAGCACUAAAACCAGCCUCACCCACUCCUCUCUGGAUCCGCAUUUUGCAGAUGGCAUGCUGAUGACCUCCCAGCGGGUAGAGAGCAACAGCAGCACCCUCACCGAGCAGGUCACCAAAGAGUUCGUCAGCAGGACCAUGAUGUCCAGUGGCAUGCUCACCAAACAGACGGAGAGGCAGUUCUAUGAAGCCUGAGCUGGGGAGAGGCUGCUGAAAGGAUGUCUCCAUUCAGACUGCAGAACUUUUCAAACAGACCUAUUGUUUGGUCAGCUUCCUGACUGUGCCAGAGAGCCUGCCACAUCUCUCCUGGCAUAAAACUACCGUGGCACUUGUCAAGCCAGUCUUUCUUUUGCAGCUUGCCACGGUCAAGGGCACGGCACAGUUAGCAGUUGGGUUGGCAGGGGUCUUGAUGCCCAUUCAGAGCUCUCCUGGGUGGCCUUGGGUCUUUACUGAGGAUUUUGACAUUGGUGACUUCUCAGUGCUGGGCCAUUGCCCAGCCAUUUUGGAGUUCAAUAUAUAAUCCUUGCCUGCUGAUAUAGGUCUUUGGGUGCAUGUUACCUACAAGCUCUGAUGUUCCUGGAAGUUUGGCUGCACUGGGUUUUGGUUUGCAUUGAAACGUCCACAUUCGCUGUACCCUGCACAUCACUUUUAACUUCCUCACCUUUCCAACUGCUUCAUCUAUUAAUUUCACCCCCAGGAAACAACUCCCCUAGAAGACAACUUCAUGAUCGUCCAGAAAUGUUUAAAGUUCUGUUCUGUUAUAAGUGUGUGUUGCCAGGUAGAAGGUGAGGGUAACCUACUCGUUCCCACCACGUGUGUUUUUGUAAAGCCCCUUGCUGCUAAUGUGCGGUACUGCAAUAACAAAUUAUAGCCUUGAGUUGCAUAGCAUUACCUGCAAUGCUCUAAUGCAGUGUUGCUUACACUAUUGUACAGUUUUCCUAGUAUAUAUAUUUAUAAAUGUAUUUUAUUAUUUUAUAAAGAAACCUAGGUAGAUGAGAUCUACACUGAACAAUAAGGACAGAAGAGGACUCUGGCUUUUGGAAGUCAUUAGCAAGUUCAGCAGAUAAGUUAAAGGACCAAUCCAGAGGCCAUUAAACCCGAUGGAAAGCCUCCCAGAGGCCAUUAAACCCAAUGGAAAGCCUCCCAGUGAUUUAAGUGAGCUUUAGAUCAGUCCCUACAUCCCUCAGCACUGACUCCUAUGAUACAGGGGCCCAACUUCUUGGAGCAUCUCAGUCAGAUGUGUUUACACGCUGCAUAGCAAGAAACAGCAGUCUUAGUGUAGCUCCAGUGUACUGUGGGUAAAAGCCAGGAGCAGCUGGGAAGGGAAGAUUAGUGCUUCAGGUCCCAUGGCAUGCUCUCAAAGGAGACAACAGCAGUAAUGUUUUUGCUGCAAACCCAAUACCAGGAUUCCCUGUUGAUUCCAUCGUUCACAAGUGGAGCUUAGCCCAGGUAGGGUGCGACUUUCAAAAGGCAUUUGUACCCCACAGAAAUGCCCUCUGUGGAAUAUAAGAUUCCAUUAUCAACCAGGAAGCACAAGGUGACGGAAGAGAGAGCGAGCUGUUAGCUUCCUUCCCUUAGUCUAUCCCCAUUUUGGGACUGGAGUCUCUUUCCUGUUCAAGUUGACGCAUUUGUCUGUCUCAGCCAGUUUCUUUCUGUGGACCAACCGUUCCCAGACUUUAUCUGUGCCUGGCCAGAGCUUGGUGGCCAGGAUACAGCCCUGUGUACUAGGUCAAUUAUGCUAACUGCUAUCAAAUGCUGGGGGCAGCUGCAUCUCUGAGCAUCCUCCAGGGGUGCUUUGCUAGUUGUCACCACAUGGUCUUUAUACCUCCUCUUAAGGUGUAGCUCUUUCUGUUGGAGUCCUGGAAUAGUAGUUCUGGCCGGAAGGCAUGGUACUUAACGAUAGGGCUUGUACUCUCCGCUUUAACCCAGUUGACAGCAACACACUGAGCUCAGCAUUCACACUUCUGAAUUGGGAUGAUGAUGACACAUACUAGGGACCUUGUACUAAGUGCGUAAGGUGGAGAUUUUCAAAGGCACCAAGGACAGAAGUCAGGAACUCAAUUCCCUCUGUUUGUGCUUUUGAAAAUCUUCCCCCAAACCUCUAUGAGUCAGCACGUGAGGUUAACUGGCUGUGCAAGAGCAGGAGGCAGCCAUGGUCUGAUGGGGCGAGCUCUGCACUGGAGAGAGUAAGCCAGUUCCUGGGUUCUGUCCCUGGCUGUGCUACUGAUUCCUUCCCUGACUUGGGCAAGAGGCUCAGCCUGGUGGUGCCCUCCGUCAAGUGGUGACAAGAGGACACAGCGUUGUAAAAGACUGGAGUCUUCUAGUGAGAUGGGCUGUGGAAUGGCUUGAGUUGGCUCAACCCCUUACUCUCUACUAGAGCAGCAUUGGGCUGGAACUUGUGCCUUCCUAAGCCAAACCCCUGCAACCAAAGCAUAAACUCUCUUUAGGCCCCAGGGGCAGCUCUUGGGGGAGGGGGGCUUAUCUAUGGAACUCCUUAAACACUUCUUUGCACCAGAGUAGUUUAUAAAUACUAGCCACUUUUAGAGCUCAGUUCUGUCCUCCUGAUUUCAAUGGGAAUUUGUCCAUUAAUUUUUAGUAUGAAUGAGAUCCAUGCACCUGAUUGAGAUGUACAUUCACAUUGUCCUGCACAACCCUACAGCUUUGGUGGAAGUUGGGUCUACUUCAGGUUGUGAUUUAAAACACAAGAAGCCCAGUCUGGUAGAGGUUAAACCAGACAUGGUUUUCUACUUCCAAACAAGCUACCUGGGUGUGUUUGGAAAGAAAGUUUCCAAGCAAACACCCAGUUGUCAUCUGCCUUAAUUUUCAGUUCCUGUUUUCCAUGGUUCUUUAUAACUGGGGUUAUUUUACCUGCACGGAUAGUGGUAAGAAAGUUUCAGUUGACAUGGUUCUUCUCCAACUGAAUGCUAGUCCUUUUUCUGUGUUCUGUACUGCAGAUGUCCCUUACACCUUGAUUCACAACCUCGAGAGGGAACCCCAAUAGCAGUUUUAACCAAAGAGCUUGUUACACUGUCUGGAGCAGAAUGCAGCAUGUUGGCUGGUCCUGAUCCUGGCAUUCUUGCCCUAAAAACUGGGUUGUAUGCCUCUUCUACCAGGCAUGCCAGGCUAGAACACAAGUGCAGAAUACAGCUGAAUUCAGCUCUCUCCAAGGCAAGUCUGACGGCAGGUGUUCUGGACCAGAUGGCUUUGUAUUGCACUUAAUAAACAUUUCUCUAGUU